CUAAAAAAAAAAAAAAACUAGAUAAUAAAAUAGGUAAAUGUAUAAUAACAUAAAACAAAAUUCUACCAAGUCGAAUCUAAUACUCAUUAUCACCACUGUCCAACUCGCUAGAAUCUUCCUGCGAUGUUGAUUGAGAUGGUAACGAAGGUGAAGUCCAUGACAAUUCGAAUUUGUUUGGCAACACUUCGAUGCCAUUUUUUCCGUGUUGCCAAUUCUGCUUCAGUAAAUGGUUCAUUUGCACUUCGCGACUCUAAAAGAUUGUCUACGAUGACUCUUCAAACGUUUUCUGGGUUCGCCGAACGAACUCCCGAUGAUGUUGAAGGGCACGGCUUAUCGACACACACAUCCGCAUCCAUCUAAACAUUUUUAUGUUUGAUGAGACAUUCAUCCUUAUUACACUUAGAAGAUGUUCACUUUUCGGUUAAUUUUGAUGAUGGGCUCGAAAUUUUCAUAUUGAGUUUCAUCAGUGAAACUUCAGAAGCAUCUAGUAGAUUAUGUUGUACACGUAAAUGAUCAAAAAUACGACUAGCAAUUUAAGUUUUAUUAUGUUUUAAGCAUUUAUCGGAAAAUUUCUAUUUUGUCACAGCUAUGACUCGUUCUGAAAGAAAGUAAAUUACUUAAUCUGCGGGCGGUUUCGGGAGCCAAAACUUACGUUAACUCCGUCUGAAUGUUUGAAUUAUAACAUACUGAAAAGUCUAGGUGGAUAUAUUUGGAUUAUUUCAACAUACUUCUAAACUCUAAUUACGGCAAAAAAUACAGACAUGUAUUCUUUUCAAAAUAAAGUAAGUACAUACCUUCACCAGUAGAAUGCAUCACAAGUAGAGGAUUCGAUCCCGGGAUCCCGAAAACCGGGAUCCCGGAAUCCCGAUCACAUUUUAGUCCCGAAAAUCUCGGGAUUAAAUCCAAUGAAUCCCGGGAUUUUCGGGACUUAAACAUUUUUUAAAUAAUUCAUUAAAAAUGUGCGUGAAACGAAACGCAUUCGCGUCAAACUUUCAUUUGACGUUAAACGUCAAAAUUUGCCAGCCAUCUUGUUUACACAGCUGAUUUCGUUUGUUUCUGCUAACAAACGUUGUUGGAUUAGGUACUUUACCUACCUAUGUGUGUAAAAUAGUGUAAAAAUUACGCUUCAGAUCGUGUUUAAGAAGUAAACAAUGUCACUUUCUAAGGAAAGUUUUUAUGUCAAACAUAAAAAAAAUGAAGACGUUACGUCAGUGUGGAGUCAUUUUUUUGUCGACAAAAUGGGUAGCUCGGCAAAAUGUAAGCGUUGUUCAGCUAUUUUAAAAACCUUAGGAGGAUCAACCAAAGGCCUACAUACUCAUCUAUUUUCAAAACAUUCCAUAAAAAUAGAUUCUGCUAAGGCAUCUUCCUCAACAAGUCAAAAUAAUGAAGGACCACCUGGACCACCUUCGAAAAGAAAAAUUACCGACUAUUUUGUUAAAUCUGAAUCUGAUACUCUUGACGAUGUUUUGGCCCGUAUGACUGCGCUAGAUGGUUUUCCUUUUAGCGUAUUUGUGACAUCAAAAGAUUUAAGAUCGUUACUGUUAGCAAAAGGGUACUCAGACUUACCUAAAUCUGCUUCAACAAUGCGCAACAGAGUACUAGACUAUAAUGUAAAGAUAAAAAAACAAAUAACAGCUGAACUAUCUACAUUGAAAAAAGAAGGACAACGAUUUAGUCUAAGUUUUGACGAAUGGACGUCUACGUCUAAUAAGAGAUACAUGAAUUUAAAUAUUCAUUCAAUAAACAAAAAGUGGAAUUUGGGACUUAUUCGAAUUGAUAAAUCGCUGACCGCCGAAACUUGUGUUCAUAAUUAAAAAAAGCGGCUUUUGGAUUUUCAUAUCUCAUUAGAUACAGAUAUUGUGGCAAUAGUAACUGAUGGUCCAAAUGUAAUGCUGAAGGUUGGAAAACUUGUUAAUGCAGAACACCAAGUUUGUUUUGCACAUGGUAUUCAUUUAGCCGUUUGUGAUUUGUUGUAUAAAAAGACACCUGUAAAUGAGACUGCCACUACUGCCAGUGAUGAUUUUGAUGACUCGGAUGAUGAUGAAGAACUAGACUCAGGAUUAGUAAUUGAAACUGGAAACGGUCGAGAUUUGACUUAUGAUGAUCGCAAUAUUAAUGAAUUAAUAAAGAAAGUUCGUAAAGUGGUUCUUAUUUUCAAAAGAGCAUCCUUGAAGAAUGAUACAAUACUUCAAAAAUAUGUUAAAAAAGAACACGAACAAGAACAGAGAGCUUAAUUUACUACUGGACUGUAACACGCGUUGGAACAGUCUCUUUACAAUGCUGGAGCGAUUUGAUCUUUUAAAAACUAGCGUAAAAAAGGCACUUAUUAACCUUAAUAAUCCUGUACCAUUUGAAGAGUCAGAUUUCCAACUCAUUAGUGAGAUAAUCAAGGUAUUGGCGCCCGUUAAAUUAUCUGUAGAAGCACUUUGUCGUUCUUAUGCCAAUUUGUGCACAGCGGAUGCUACACUCAAGUUUCUUUUUCAAGAAUUGCGUGACAAUGACUCAAUUUUGGCUUCUAAAUUGAAGACACAUUUAUUGAACCGCUUGAAAGAUCGUCGACGCAGUGAGUUAAGUGGAGUAUUAAACUAUUUACAAAAUCCUCAUACUGAGAAGACUGAGUUAGAAACUAAUUGUGAUUUAAAGGAGUUAUUUUCAAGUCCAAGCAAGAUGACUAUAAAAAAACAGAUUAUUUUGUUAGCCGGAAAAAUUGAAAAUAGUGAUAAUGAAGAAAAUGACAUGAACAUUGAACCCACGCAGACAACUAGUAAGACUGAUUUAACAUUAAAAGAAAAGCUUCAGAACGAAAUAGAAAACAGUAUGAAAAUAAUAAAUCCUGAAGCAUUUAAAGAAACUGAUCUUUCUAAGAUCAUUAAACAAGAAAUGAAUCUUUUUGAGGCUAGUUCCACACGAGGUCAUAAUUUGGAGAAGGCUUAUAAAAAUUUAUUGACGAUUCCUCCAACUUCCAUCGAGCCUGAACGCGCGUUUUCCGCUGCUUCAUAUUUGUGCAACAAAUUAAGAAGCAUGCUUUCGGAUGAGACGUUGGAUGCGUUGUUAUUUCUUAGAUUUUAUUUUCGUGGCUUAAAUAAGUAAAUUAUAGUUCCUGGUCUAUUUUAUUUAAAAUAUUAGUAGUCCUACUAACAUUGAUCUCUUUUGACAAAUAUUAGAAGUUGUUUUUUUUAAGUUUAUUGUAAAAUAUAAAAUAAACAAACUAGGCAAUAAUUUUUAUAAGGGCCUAGUUUGUUAAUUUUAUUAGAAGAAAUAAUAAUUUUGUUUUGUUUUUGAAGAUUUAAGUAAAGAUUUAAAAUAAAAGGUUGAUUUUGAUAUGUUUACUUCUUUUUAAUUGCUACCGUUUUCUUUACCAAUAAAAUCCCGGGACUAUCCCGGGAUCCCGGUAGUAACAGUCGAUAAUCCCGAAAUCCCGGGACUAGAAAAAUCGAUCGGGAUCGAAUCCUCUAAUCACAAGAAAAUAGUUUCACUUUAAUAUCUAUUAUUUGAGAAGGUGUCAUGCUAAACAUUCAACUUAUUUACAAAUGAAAAUCGCGCUUCCUAUAUAGUCAAAAUCAGCGCUGUCAUGAAUUAUAUGUAUCACGCUAGCUUGCACUAGACGAAUCACUGUGCAGCGGUUCAGGUUAAUUCAGUAAGAGUCUGACACUACCCCCGAGGGAGUGGAUGUCCGUGAGGAUUACCCCGCCUUAAAACAGGGGGGGGGGGCGAGAGAAGUAUAAAUAUUUGCGGCACUUGCCUGGUAGUAGGCUUGCCGGCAGGUAGGUAGGUAGGUCCAAAUAAAGCAAAUCUUGGUAGGAAGAAAAUUUACUUUAUUUCGGCCAACUUCCGUUGCCCCAAUCACACCCAGAUCAGGAGGUCGUAGGAGAAACACUGGGAACACUUGCCUGAACCGUGGGUAGCUCUGGCGGCGGCCUUGCUCCUUCCCAGGUACGCUUCAGGUAGUCCGGACAGGAUCCGGUCGUCUUCCACUCGCCGCAAGGUAGUAAAAUGUCGCGAAGCGAGGGUCCAAGGUAGAACAUAAAUCCUGGAAGCGCAGACACAAGGCAAGCGUUAACAGAGCUCGGACCACGUAGCCGGGUCCAAAGGUCACAGUGUCCCAGCAACAAAAGAAAAAAGGAACAGCUGAUUUUAGCUAGAAUGUUAAGCAAAGAGAGAACACCUUACAAUAGAAACACUAUCAAGCAAUGCAUGGAAACUUACCCCAGCGGGAUUUCCGAUUCGGAUUUGUUUUUUAGAACAACCACGUAUUAAUUAGGCACGAUGUUACGGUAUCUGAGAGCGUGUGACACACAGCCGUCACGUCUGAUGCACUUAAGUCGUCUGCCGUUUGCAUUUAACGAAUGUGCCCGAGCGGAGCCGAAGAGUGGCGAGCGGCGCGACCGGUUUUUAACUUGUUUAGAGAUGCGCAGGCGCAAUAGAUGCGCGGACCUUUGCGUAAACAAUUAAUAUUGGGUUCCGUAGUAUAUUUAUGACAAGUUAAUUAUAUUACUAUGUAGUUGAAAUUUAUAAGUGAUAGAUUUGUGUUUCUUUUAGUUUAAUUAGGGCGUUUUAAUAAUUUUAGAGUUAAGUUUUAUAAUGAUUCUAUUGUAAUUAUUUGUAGUUUUAUAAUUUCUAACCUAUUCUUAGAGCUAGCAAGGUACAACGUUACAGUACCCCGCCGCGAAGUGAAGGAUUUUCCGUACUUAGAAUAGAAAAUCCGCUAUCACUACCAACUGCAAACCUACUAAUACGUUCAGGCUAACAUUCAUACUUCACGCUUACAUACUAGGUAUCACACCGUCUUUAGCCUUUUAGUUUAUGACUUGAGACUCUAACAAACAGAGUAACAAUUAUAUAGUAUCAAUUGUUCUCGUUAGUAAGUUUGUAUGUAAAAACGGAUAUAAUGUUUAAUACAUAAGUUAAGUAGAUAAGAUGUUACUAUUAAGACUAGGUUAGAUAUAUUAGUUUAUUUCAUAAUUUGUAAUUUAGU